AUGAAAGAAUGCAGAAAUAAACUAUUAGUUCAUGCUCGUAACGAAGCAAAACACAGAUUAUACUCAAGUAAGAAAUUAAUUGAUGAAUUAAAUAUAUUUCUUCAUAAUAAAGCAGAAUCUCUAAGACAAAACUGUUCUAAUAUUUUGACAAAUUCAUUAAAAUUAAGAUUAAAAGAUAAUUUAUCCAAACAACAACGUAUUUCUAUAAGAAAGUUAAAGAUGAAUUCCGAUAUUAAAAUUUAUUCCUUUGAUAAAGGCACAGUUUUUGCACUACUAUACCAAAGAGAUGCAUCUCUUAAAUUAGAAGAAACAAUUAAAAAUAGCAGAAUUAUUGAUCAUGACCCGACACCCACACUUACUACCAAAUUUCAAAAACAAUUAUCUAAAUUAAGCAAAGAGGGUAAACUAGACACAACUACAUAUUUUAAAAUGUAUCCAUCAGAUUGUGUACCACCUAGAAUAUAUGGAAUGGUUAAAGCGCAUAAACCUGAAAAAGAUUACCUAAUGCGCCCUGUUGUGUCAACAAUCAACACACCACCAUAUGGAACAUCCGAAUACCUCGUUAGUAUCAUUCAACCAACAUUAAAUAAAAACAAAAAUAGACUUAUUAAUUCCAAUAGCUUUGUUAAUGAAGCCAGACAAUGGAAAAUAGAUCCCAAUGAGAUUCAAGUUUCAUUUGAUGUAGUCAAUUUAUAUCCGUCCAUACCCAUUGACGAAGCUAUUCCAGUUAUUAUUGAUAUAUUGAAUAAUGAUAUAGACGACUUAAAGACUCAAACUAAACUAUCUCUUGUACACAUACACCAAUUAAUAGAACUUUCAUUGAGUAUUUGCUAUUUUCUAAAUGAAAACAAAAUCCGAAUAAUACCUAAUUCAGGUCCUAUAGGUUUGUCUUUAAUGGUUGUUAUGGCGGAAGCGUUUCUACAGAAUAUAGAAAGAAAAGCUCUUAAUAUAGCUACUAUUUGUACAUGUGAACCAAAAACUUUUGUGAGAUAUGUAGACGACUGUCACGCUCGCUUUAACUCAAUAAAACAACAACAAAUGUUUCUAAAUAUCCUAAACGAACAAAAUCCUGCCAUAAAAUACACUGUUGAACUCGAAAACCACCAAAAACAACUUAACUUUCUAGAUGUUAAUAUUAAAAACACAAUGCAUGGAGCUUAUGAAUUUCAAAUACAUCGAAAAGAAGCAAUAGCUAAUAUUCAACUAAAACCUAACUCAAACAUCAAUCCUAAUAUUAUCACUGGCGUAUUCAAAGAGUUUUUAUGUCGUGCAAAGAGAUUAUGCUCUCAAAAAUAUCUCAAACAAGAAAUUGAUUUUCUAAUAGAAAUGUUUGUUGAAAACGGGCACAACAAGAACAAUCUAAUUAAUAUCGCCAGAAACUUUCUAAAAAACAAAUUAAAAAAUACCAAUUAUAAACCAACUGACAACCAACCAUUUAUAAAACUACCAUGGAUACCAAUCGUUGGUCCCAAACUUAGAAAGGAACUUAGAAAACAAAACAUAAAAAAAAAUAGUGUUAAAGGAAAAUGGGCCAGUUCAGGUGCAACCGAACAUUCCAAAUCAUGCCAGGGUACAUUCGAUUGGUUACAUCCCAAAACAAUAUCAAUCGCUCCAGAGUAUCAUAUUCGGAAAAUUCGAGAGUCACUUGAAGUAAACAGAGCUAAAAUUCGACAAAAACUUGGAAGUGAUGAAAAAGUUUUAAAUAGGGAUGAUGGUGAUUACGUGACGACAAAAACUUGGGGGCCAUUUUUUGUUAGAAUGUUUGACGUCAACAUUUAA